GGGACAAUUAACGGGAGCUCACCCCCUCAUGCAGUGCUUGGUCUUGAACCUGGCCUAUCAGCUUUCCAACUGACAAGCUCAGCGUCUUUAACUACUGAGCCACGGGACCCUCCCUGACACUAUAUUACUCUUUCCCAAACCACAUUAGAUAAACUAUGGAUAUUAAAACAAAAUUCAAAAUAGCGUGGCAAGGAAGGGUGCCAACCUGGAAAUAAAAAAGAUUUCCUAACAGUGAGGAUUAUUAAGCAGUGUAACAGCUUCUCUCCUGGAAUUGUGGGUGCUCCGUUGCUAGGAGAUAUAUAGGAAAAGAUUUGAUAUCAUUUGUCCAAGAUGAUAUGAAAACCCUGCCUUGGGCAGGGGAUUGAACUAGAAGAUCUCCAAGGUCCCACCCAACCCAGUAAUUCUAAGUUAGAUUCUUCAGACUAUUUUUUUAGAUUACAACACAAUACAGUCCAGUUCAGACAACUGAAAACAAACAGGGAAAAGAGAAAAUUUGAACAUUACGACAUUUUAAAUGAUUAUAUUUAUAGUCAUAAGUUGAAACAUACAAAGCAAAACAUAUCACAAAUUAAAAUAGCAAUAUGUAAAGAGCAUAAAAUAUAUAUAUAUAAAUCAGCUUAUGAAAAAUGAAUUAUCAAGAUUCUAGAUACUUUUCUCACAGCAAUAUGGGCUGCGAGAAAUAUGUCAACUAUUUUAGAACAAGGGACCUUCCCAAACAUUUCUGAAGCGUGAAUACAGUAGCUCUAAUGAUUAAUUAUUAAUCUAAUUAUUAAUUGUUCAUGAAAGAAUAUAUUAUGCAAAACGGAUGACGUGAGUGGCAAGCCAUGGUAGUUUGUGUAGUAAAUUCAAUUUUUAGGGCAACACAUCAGUUUAUCAGUUUUCUAAAUGUCGUCAGUUAAGUUGCUUUAUGUGCGUUGUUGUUGAAAUUAUGUCAGUAUCAUUAUGGCAAGCAAAAAGGGAAUAGAUUUCUAUGAUUAUUCAAUUCCUCAUAAUUUAAAAAAUAUUCUCAAUUAGACAUCACAUUAAAUGUUUUGGAAAUUCAUAUACUGCUUGGCUUUUCAUUUAUCUGAAUUAUUUAAGAACUCCAUACCCUGGACAAGAAACGGAAAGUAACACGGACAGUAUUUCAUAUUUAUCUCCUAUCUUUUAUGUAUCUUGUUGAUACUGAUGUUUUAUUAUUCCUCAUGUUGCUCAUAACUAGUUCAUAUGAUUUGAAGCGAAUUCAGUGCUCCCUGAAUAGCACCAUGGUACAUCUGGGAACAAUGGAUGAGAUCACAAAAGUUACAGAUAGUUACAUGUCUCAUUCCUGUCCAUACAAAUAAAAGUACUAAACAAAUUUAUGGGGUGACUUAAUAUAAUAUUUAAUUACAUUUUGUUAAUGACUGCAGGGGAUUAAUCUCUUAUAUUUGGGUUAGCUUUUCAUUUAUGUGGUCAGGAGUGUACUUACACUGCAUGUAACUGUGCAUGAAGACUAGAUAAUUCUUAAAAAUCUGUCGUGAAUACAGAAUGGAAGUCUGUUUGAAAUUCAGACACAAGAGGUGUCUGAAUUCCUAAGCACUUCAACCACACACGCUGAAUAAAGAAUAGAGGUCUGUUUCUCCAUUUUGAAAUGCGGUCAUAAGAGGUCGCUGUUUCCUAAGGAAAGCCUCUAAGUAACUGAAAAUGCAGAGCCCUCCCUUAAAGGGACAGACAUUCCUGCCGGCCAGAUCCACAAGGAAAAUAUCGAACAACAGAGAAAUCUCAACAAGCCAAGAUCCAACCUAUGAAAGCUUGCCAGUAUGGCUGGGCUACGUGGGCUCCGCUCCUGACCCCUUGAAGGCAAGGUAUUUAGAGAAAAAGAGAAGAGCUUGCGGGUGCUGUGCCUGUGUCUGCGAUGCUUACCUGGCCGACGGGGCUGCUGCAGCUGCUUCUGCUCCAGACCGCCUGGAAAAUGGGGAGCGGCCAGCUCCAUUAUUCUGUGCUGGAGGACUCCCAGCACGGCACCUUUGUGGGCCGCAUCGCCCAGGAUCUGGGGUUGGAGGUGAGCGAGCUGGUGCCUCGGAUGUUCCGGAUGCUGUCCAAAGGAGAGAAGGACUAUUUUGAGGUAAACCUGCAGAAUGGGAUCUUGUUUGUAAAUUCCCGGAUAGACAGGGAGGAGCUGUGUGCCAAGACUGCAGACUGUGUCCUUCAUCUGGAGGUGAUUGUGGAGAAACCUCUGAGGUUCUUCCAUGUGGAGGUGGAAAUCAAAGACAUGAAUGACAAUGCUCCCGUCUUCUCUGCCAGAGAAAAGAUCCUGAGCAUAUCAGAAUUCAUAACCUCUGGCACCCAGUUCCUAUUAGAAGGAGCAUCUGAUGCAGAUAUUGGUACUAAUGCUCUGUUAAUUUAUAAGCUCAGUCCAAACAACCAUUUUGCUCUUGAUUCAGGAAAUGAUGAAGAUGGGAGUAAAUCUGUAGUACUUGUGUUAAAAGUUCCACUUGACAGAGAGGAGAGCCCUGUGCAUCAUUUAGUACUGACAGCCACUGAUGGGGGUGAACCAAAACUCACAGGAACUGUUCAGCUGGUCAUCAAUGUGCUUGAUACUAAUGACAACCCCCCAUUUAUCAUGGGACAGCUGAUCUGCAGUUGCUAG